AUGGCGGCAGACAGGACCGACCCACCUGACCGAAUGCUGGAGCUCCCCGCGCUGGAAGAGAUGGAGCUCAGGGAGGAGGAGCUCCGUCGCCAGCGGGAAGCUGCAGAGCUGGGACACGACGAGGCCACGCAGAACGACGAGACCAGAGUGCAGCGCGAUCCGGCAGCAGCAAGCAUCAUCAGUACAGCCGCCCUGGCCCCAGGCUUCCAGUACGACAACGUCUUUGGCGUGGACCCCGGUCGCGCCAGUGUCAGCACCUAUGUGGACAUCAAGUCCAACAAGAGCCAUCAGAUCAGCACCAAGUCGUUCUAA